UGUUCGAAAAAUUUAUAAUGAACGUAGUAAACAAAAUCUUAUUUAUUUCGUUUUAAUCUACGUAAAUGAGAAAUUAUGUUAUCGUUUUAUUUGAAUGUAUUAACCUUGUUUCGUUAGGAGUGUAUCGCGUAUAAUAAUUGAAUCGCUAACUAUACGAAAUACGGCUGGAUAAAUUAUCCGCAGUAAUCCAAGCCAUUCGAACAUAGCUAAGUACGCACCUUCAAAUUGAUACAUAAUAUUUUCAACAAUGAUAAUUAUAACUCUGUAUCGUGGUAUUUUCCGUCAAAAUACGUUGUGUUUUAUAAGAUAGUGUUAUCUACGAUAACAUUAUUUAUGGUGUUUGUACGAAAUCUCUCGGGUGUUUCAACUAUAAAACCGAUUUGUAGCCAAUGUUUCAAUGGAUGCUACGUCUAUUAUCACACAAGUGUCAAGGGAUGAUGACAGGAAUUACUCACCGGAAAGAGUUCAGUGCUCAAAUGCAGAAAAUGAUGUUACGACAGUUGGACACUCGAGUUCCAAAAAAACAGCCAGGGGAUUAUUCCGAUCGUUAUUCUGUUGUUUUUCGAAACACCAUCGAAACUCUCACUCUCAAAAUGGGUCUUCUGUCCCGGACGGGAGAGUUUCACCUCCUGUGAUAAUCGGUUCGCAAUUCUUACUUCCACCAGUACGACACCAGGAUAUGCAUAAGAAAUGCAUGGUUAUAGAUCUAGACGAAACCUUGGUUCAUAGUUCAUUUAAGCCGAUAAAUAACGCCGAUUUCGUAGUUCCAGUAGAAAUCGAUGGUACUAUACAUCAAGUUUAUGUAUUGAAGAGACCUUAUGUUGACGAUUUCCUUCAAAGAAUGGGUGAACUUUACGAAUGUAUUUUGUUCACCGCCAGUUUAGCUAAGUACGCGGACCCGGUAGCUGACUUAUUAGAUAGAUGGGGUGUAUUUAGGUCGAGAUUAUUUAGAGAAUCUUGUGUCUUCCAUCGUGGUAAUUAUGUCAAAGACUUGAAUCGAUUGGGUAGAGAUCUACACAAAGUUAUAAUCAUCGAUAAUUCUCCGGCCUCGUACAUUUUUCAUCCUGAUAACGCAGUACCAGUACAGUCUUGGUUCGACGACAUGACCGACUCGGAACUGCUCGACUUGAUACCAUUUUUCGAAAGACUAAGUAAAAUCGACAGCGUAUAUUCAGUAUUGUGUAAUACUGCCGAACAGCCGUACUCGGCGAACGGCGCUAACCAUCGCUCUCCCGAAUCUAGCAGAGGUGGUAGCGGCGUCGGUAGCGGAGGCGGCGGCGGCAGUUCUUUAUAGCUACUGCGAAAACAAUGGGCGUUGUUGAAAACGCUCAUAAGACGUCGUAGUGUGACCGUAAAAUCGCAUUCGUUGUUAAACGAUAAUCAGCAUUGGAUCACAUGGGGCGUCCUAUGUAUCUCUGUGGUUAGCUACGUAUUACUUGCGUCCUGUUAAGUAUGCAUGCAGAAUUUCGCGCAUAUACAACAUAUUAUAUUAUACCUAAGGUAUACCUUUUUAAAAAUUAAAAAUACUAUAGAUGUAUUUCUGUAAUAUUAUUAUGAAUCUGUGUUGUAUGUUUCUCCAUAAUGUGUGUGUGUGUGUGUUUGUAUGUGUCUUUGCGACGUCGUGUAUUAUUUUAUAGUACGUGUAUAUGUAUUUUUUUUUUUUUAAAUUUAGGAUUCUUAUUGUUUUCGUAUUUUUUUUUUCUCUCGCGUAUACUAUAUUUUAAUUGUUUAUUGAAAUCGUUACCGUUAAUGUAAUGAGUACAUAUAUCUCUAUGGGUCUGCCCCCCCUAAAGUAUUUUGUAUGUGAUGAAACGCUAGCGCUUCUCUCUCGUGAUUCGUGGCGAAAAAUUUCUCUUAUUUUAUUUUUUUCUCUUUUCGUUGUUGAAAGACUGAAUGGUGGGUAUUUUUGUACCGACGAUGGAUAACGUAGGUAAUACGGAUAUCGACGAGAUUUUAUCCGAAAUCAUGAUUAGUAUUUUGACAGUCGCAAGGUCGUCUAAAGUUGCACCUGAUUGAUUCCCCCCUUUACUCUUUUUACCUCCUCACCUUCCCCCAAUCAAAAUCCUAAUUUGCUUGCCUUGUAUUUUUAUAUAUACUUAUGUUGAUCUGCAGUGAUGUAUCUAUAGUAUAUUCGUUUUUUUUUUCUUUUUUUAUAUAACAUUUUAUCUCCCUGUGUAUCUUCUCUCUUUCUUUCUCUCUCUCAAUGUAUCUUUAAUCUCUUUAUUUUUAUCUGCCGAAAAAUUGUAUGUAUUUUGAUAAGCGUAAUGCAGGGUAUUACAACCUUCUUUAACACAAACCUUUUUACAAACUUGUACAGUAUUAAUAAGUUUUUACUUUAUUUUAAGAAGCGUCAACAACAGUGCUACUUUUUUUUCCUCCCGAAAAAUACAUAUAAAAUCAUGAUUCGUAACAUGACGAUGAGAAAAUGGUACGGUUAAGCUCAAUUAAUUUCUCCCCCAGUUUUUAUUUCGCUAUACCUACCUGUGGUAUUUUGUAAACUACAUAAUCAAAAAAAAAAAAAAAAAAAAUGAGGGAAACAUCGUACGUCCUUAUGUAGUUAUCAUAUAAUGUGCCUUUUUUUAAAUGUAUCGAUUUAAUUUUUUUUUUUCAGGACGUCGUUUAAAGCUUUCUCUUUUGUUUUUUGAAAAAAUUUCAAUCUCGUUGAAACAGAAGUUAAAUGAACAGUUACCUUUUGUACGGAGAGUAGAUUUUUGACGAAUAGUCGGCGUCGUGUUCUUUAUUUCUCAUAAAGAUGUUCUGAAUGUUUUAUGGCGAUAGUCGUAAAUGUCGGAAAAAUUGGUUUUUAAUGGAUCGAAAAAUCGUCUAAUAAGUUUACAAAAGAUUUUACUGCCUUUUAUCGUUGUGCUCAAAAUUCAAACGUGUAAUCAAUUUUUUCUACUAAUUAAUUGCCUGUAAUGUAAAUGUGAUCGGUGGAUGGAUAAGGUGAGAGGGGGAAGGGUUAAUUAAUUUGUUGGUUUGUGGCCUCGAGCUGAGAAUUGUUUUUGAUUUUUGGCUGGUUGUGAAAUUUUAUAAAUCGUAAGGGGGAUGAAUUUCUCGAGUCUGUUCUCUUGAAUAUUUCUUUCCCCUUUCUAUUAAUUUUUUAAAGUGUUGAAACUCCGAAUUGGGCAUGAAAAUUUUCAAUUUUUAUACGAUUUUUAUCUAUUUUUUUAUUUUUGUUCAAUGUACAAAAUUUCAUGCUAAAGUUUAAGUAUGAAUUUUGAAAUUUUUUAUGCAUUUUUUUUGUUCGUAAUUUUGUUACGUCGAUCGUCGUUAAAAUAUCCCAGUUUCAAUCUUGUUUUUAUGUCGAAAUUUUGUGUAUUUUUGCAAAUUUUACAAUUUUUUAAAUAUUUUUUUAUAUUUGUAAUUUUUUUGCAGCCAUUGCUUUCAAAAAUUUUCAUUUUUAAUCAGUUUCGAUAAUUUUCUUUUUUAAGAUUAGGUAAUAUUGAAAUAAUAAUUCGUCAAAAUUUCACCUUGAUAUUUACCUUGAAACAUUUUGAAAAUAUUUUACUCUUAGCUUUUUGAAAAUUUUGUCAGUUUUUAAAAAAUUUCAAUUAUUGAAAUUUGUAUUUUAAUAGAGUCCUCGCAUUUCAUAGAUCGAAAAAAAAUUCCAGUAUUUUUCUCAGAUUUUGUUUUUAAUAAUUUCUAAAUUCUCGAUCUCAACUUUUUUUUGCCAAAAAACCUCGCCUAUGACGCCAUCUGGAACCAAAAAUGAAGUUGAGACCUCCGAUUUCGCUCAAAUUAGUCGCUUUUGCCUGAAAUCGCCAGGAGGAGGGGGAAAUGGGGCUCGUUAUUUUCACCAUUUGGAAAUUUCCGGUGAAAUUAUCAAUUUUUGAAAGCUCAGGUGAAUCUUAAAACCAGCUGAUCUUGAAGCAAAUCAAUUCGGAAUAUUUUUAAAACGACGAAAUUAGUCGAAUGAAAUUUCAAAAGCUCAAAUUUGACUCUUUUUGAGUGAAAGCUCAACUAUUCAUGAAAAAUGAAAUGAAAGAAUGAAAUCUUCUCCUUUCGGUGGUAUUGAUUGAGAUCAAAUUUUGAAAAUUAUUUUUCAAGAAAGUGAGUAAAAUGUGUAUGUUCUUUUCUUGGUUAUAAUUUUUCAAAGUUUUGAACGAAAAUUUUGUAUUUUUUAUCAAUUUUUGGAAAGUGUAAUUUUCACAUUGAGAGUUCAAUUUUGAGCUUUUCAAAUUUUUAUUCCUGAUUUUAUAUUAUUUACCUAUUCUCUUCGAAACUGCAAAAACAUGUUUGCUAAUUGCUUCAAGUUGAACCGGUUUUGUGAAAGAUCGCAAACGUGUGAAAAUUAUGAGCUCCCUCGCCUCCCUCUGAUUUUGGUCAGAUAGAAAAAAAUUAUGCUGGUCAUUAUAUUUUUCAUUUGACUAUCCAAGGAAACAUUUUUUUAAAAAUUUGAUCGAAAAUGGAGGUCCUGAUUUUAAUUCUGGUUUCAAAUUCUCAAUUCGUCUUCCUGUUUGAAAUAAAAAUUUAUAAUUUUUUUUCAAAUGGGAAAAUCUAAUUUAAUAUUCAAAACUCGAUUUUUACAUCGAUUGAAGUGUUUACCAAACUGACAUUAUUUUUAAAAACAGAACUUUUUUAACGAUUAUCUUACCUCAAUCAAAAACUUGAAACAUUUAUUUGCAUUUAUCUUUUCCUUCUCAUUUGGGUUUUGAUUUCACCACCGAUCAUGUUUACAACCGUAAUUAUAUUUUCUUUUUUCUAACCAACCAUUCGCAAACUUUAUACUCGCACAGCUGCAAAAUGCUGACACAGCAUCCUCGCUCCGCUCCUCACCGCUCUGUUAAAAUAUAAAUAAAACAACUAACCAACAAAUUUAAGUCAAAUUGUGAUUUUUUACUUGCUCUUUUUGUACUGUACGUUUUUUCAAAUACCUAUAUUUCUCAAGCAAAAAGCAGCGUUCGCGUUUUUUUUUAAACAGGGUUUUUAAUCAAAUAGACGAAAAAAAACGUAGAAUAGAAAUAGCCAAAAAAUGCAUAAUUUUACUGAAAUUUUUUUAAAAAAAUAUAUAGAUUCGAUAGAACGUAAUUUUAUAAUUUAUUUUUUUUGAAAACACGAUGUUUAUAAGUUUAUUCGAAGUACGAUUCGAUUUAUUAUUUUUUUUUCUCGAUAAACGUGUAUAUAAGAUAAUUUUUUAUUGUGUACCAAGGACGAUGGUUAAAUUUUUUUGUGUUAGAAAUUAAGUUUUUAGCCUCCCAGUGUAGUGCCAUAUGUAUUAGUUGUACGUUACAAGUAUCGAAAGUGAGCGAUUACUAUCGAUACUUGGGAAUGUGAGCUAUUUUUCAUUAGAAGUGGGCUGAAAGUUUUCUCAUGGCUCGGUGUGCUGUAAUGAGACACGUCUUUCGGCUCGUGUGUAAUGAAAGCGAAAUUUUAGGCAUUAGGAUUUUCUGCAUUUAUAAACGUUAUCAGUGUUGUUCCAGUAAUCAAAACGUGAUGAAUCUCUUUAAAAAAAUGAGUUAGUAAAGUCUUGAAUUCUUGAAAGUCAUAUUGCCUCCGAUUUUCAUCUGAUUGGAUGUAUAAAUAUCGAAUGAAAUUGAUCGAAAUCAGAAGGCAAUAUGAGAGAAUUGAGUUUUGAUAUUGUAGGUCUCGUUGCUAUAACCUACGAAUGUACAAAUUUACGUAUUACCUAAUUUUUUUCUGUACUUAUUGAAAAUUUAGAAAAGAAAAAAAAAAUCACUCGUUAAUCUAUCUGUAGCUUUGUCCGGUACACCAUAAAAUAACGAAGAAGGUGAUAUAGAUAAGGUCUUCCCCGUCGUAGUAGUUACAAUGUAACAUGUUUGUAAAAUGCCUUUACAAUGGAACCGGUUCAUAAAUUUUUUUUGUUCCUAUAAUCACACAAACAAUUGUAGCCUGUUUUUUUUUCAUAAUAUAGGUUGUCACUGCGCGAUUUUAAUUUUGAAAAUGAAAAUUAAUUAUCAUGUUUUGUUAUCAGUAUUAUUAAUGUUAUAAAUGGAAGAAAAAAAAAUCGAUUGUUAUUUCGUAAGAGUUACGUGUGUAUAAAAUUUCAUUUUAUUCUCUUUAUGUAUAAGUACUUGUACUUGUAUGUACUACAUAAAUUAUUAUAAAAAAUAAUUUUUAUAUACGAAGGUUUUUAACAGUUAAUAUCGGGUGUUUGUAUAAAGGAUUAAUUUUUUUUUACAAAAAUAAGGUACUAUAAUUAUUUAGUUUGAAUUUCGAUGAAUACUGUAGAAUGUUGAGGGUUUUUAUUUUUUAUUUUUUUCGUCAGCCCUUUACGAGUAUGUAAAAAUGCUGAUCGUGUACCAGUACCUAAAGGAUUUGUAGAAGACGAGGUGUCUAAUUGUGUGAAAUGUGUACGUGUGUAUCGUUGUACUUCUUUUAAUUAUUACGUCGGUGAUUUAGACGUUCUAAGUAUUGUAUAUAGAUUCAUGUAGCUGUAUAUAUUAACUUGUUGAGUUAUAAUGAUUUAUUAAAUUUUUAAUAAUUUGAA